GGUAACUUGAAGUCUCCUCGUCCACCAGGCUUCACUACACCUUUCACAGAGAAUUUCAAAUCACGUUCAUCUUUGCAGGCUGGAGGUACAGUAACAAUCAACUUCAAGGUUUAAAAGUUUCUUUGAUAUAAAUGAAAAAAUGUUUGUUUGGACAUUAAAAUAGUUACUUGAUGCUUGGGUAUCGUGCUUUGAGUCGUAUUCGAUUGGAGAACUUGACGCUUGAACUGCUAUUUCCUGAGGGCUACUAUAUAUUAGUAUAUUAAAAUCCAACUAGUUGGUCAAAAAUAUCUAGACAACACAACUUCAGUUAGUUAAAGCUAGACUUUAAUCCUUUUUUGCCCGCCAAGAAGCCGGCGCUUUUCGCUACUAGUGGGCUAUGACAUAUAGGCUAGUAGUAGCUCAACCAAUCAGAACGCAGCAUUGAUAAUAGACCAAUAGUACGAUUCGGCCUUCGGCCUCAUAGGCUAUUGACUCACAGCGCAUUCGGGCUCGAGGAAUAAUAUUGUUAAUUAACCAAUAGUGAUAUGAGAAGAAAGUAGUUGUUUCUAGCCAGACUGUGCGGGAUUGUAGUAGCUGCAGGGAAAAAAGGAGGACUCGGGAUCGGUAACUUUGCCCACGUGUUACUGGAAAAGCAAGGAAAGAGCACUCGCCUCCAAACGUCUCUUUUCGUACCUCACAGCAGGACGACGCCGUACGACGCCAUAUAUGGUUUCGCAGUUGAUUGCUGGUCCGGGUCCGAAAACUCCCAUCGUAAUAUCCAAAACAGCCACUUCUAUUAUAUGUUACUACUUAAUUAUUGUUUUAAUUUUAAUAAUCAUCUAGAAAUCAGAAAUUACCGAAUAAUGAAGCAAAAAAGGAUGAAUAUAUACGAUUUUUUUGCUUUUAGACGUAGUUGAAGGUGAUAUUAUGCUGGACAACAGGAACGCAGCUCUUUACAGAGGAGAAAGAAACGCCAUGAAGAAUGUUAACCUAUGGCCUAAAGGGGUAGUACCUUACAUUCUGGAUUCAAGUGUUGGUGAGUACUAACACUAUUAAGAUAAGGCUUCGCAAAUUGGGGCGUUUGAUAGGAAGCAAGAACACUAGAAAAAAAUUUUAAAAAUGGUUUGAAAAAUACAGCAGGGGACUGAAAAACUUGUUUAACAGUCCCCGCCCUUAGUUCACUUCCCACUUUGUUCAGUUCAGCCUUAUGUCUACCCCGUUUUCUCACUUUCUAAUUUCUCGAAUCAUCUUUGCUUUCACAAUCAAAAUCAAAGCUGUCGACUAUGCAAAGAAUAUAAACUCAGAGACUUAUAGAAGUCAGUCCGUCGAGGCCGUCGAAGGAAACUUGAACAUGCGAGAGAGGAAAAUGUCAGGGAGACUGAGGCGAAAUAAGAGACUACUUGCGGUUAACUUGCAGUCUAACGGAAAGGUCCCUCGUUAAAAAAACUACGUCUCGCACGCCCGUUAACUUAAAUACAUUUGAAUGUAAAAUUCCUGUUACGGUGCCAAAUGUUACAAAUUAUGCGACUUAAUUGAAUGAAAAGAUCACUGCAAAAGCGUGAAAGAGUAGAUUAAUUUUCCGGGGGUGGAGGUUAAUAGGUAGCUUUUCUUCAUUACGGUUACUCAAUAGCAAAUAACAAAAUUAUUACAAAUUAGAACUGGGAUUUUUGUGGUUAUUUCAACUUUACAGUCAGAAAAUCGGGCAAAGUAUAUAGACAGGCGCUCAUUUUUUGAUCACGUGAUGGAGUUUUUAUCUGAAAAAGAUGGCUGAAGAAUGAUCUAUUUGUCAUAUCAGUAGAAUGUGAAGUGCUCGUAAUGCAAGGCCGGCAUUUGACUCUCAAUCGUACUCGAUGCAAUAAUUAUACUGAUUUUGGGGUGCAGAUGAUCAUUUGGCAUCCCAGAUCGCUGAAGGAAUCAAGGAGUAUCACAAGUACACGUGCCUGCGGUUUGUAAAGAGGACAACUGAAAAAGAUUACAUCAGAGUGAUGAAGCCAGCGUCAGGGUGAGUGCAGUAAGAAUACCUAAUAUUACGCAGUAUCUCAAAAGAAUGCUGCAGUGCAAAAGAACUUAAACCCCGCGAUGAAGGACUUUUUAUAGGAAAUUUAGACCCCAAGGUUCUAGCCAGUGAUGGCUAUAGCCUGUGCAAGGCUCUCAGAUAGUGGGGACGUCGCGAAAUAAGCCAAGCGAAAAUAAGACGCGCAUGAUAAAGACAAGGGCUGCGUGUUUGUCGCAUCACUUUUUACUUUAUGACUCCCUAACUAUCUUGGAGCCUGGAACAGGCUAGUAAGGCUAUACUUUUGCUACUCAUGGAACUAAGAUUUAGGUGAAUUAAGUAGUGAAGUUUCAACUCCUAAUUUUUACCAUUAGGUUUCCUGACCUACAUAAACACGACACAUUAUUUGUAUUGUAAUUUUCAGGUGUAACUCAAUGGUGGGUGCUGUUGGUGGAGAGCAAAUUCUGAACAUGGGCGAUGGAUGUCAGUACGUGGGUCUUGUUCUUCAUGAAUUUGGACAUGCGAUCGGCUACUAUCACGAACACAACAGACCAGACCGUGACGAUACAGUAGAAAUCAUGUGGGACAACAUCGUGUACGGUGAGCUAGGAUAUAAAUCAACUUGUUAUUUUACUUUAUCUCGGCAUCCGUGGUUGGAAUAAAGUCUUAGGUUGCAAGUCAGCCUUAUAUAUUUCGCUACCAAAAACACAGAAAGGUGAACGACGUUUUUGCAAAAGACAAGACAAGUGUUCUUAUAUAGUCGAAAUCUGCGAACAUUUUUUAAGCUGACCUCAGACCUUUUCUGAUAUUCAGUACUGAAAUGAAGGUAAUUUGGUAGUUUUUGGUAAUUCAAAUUUUUCUUUCUCAUCGCAGUCAUCGUCACUUAAGUUUUGCAGUGCAUAUUUCCCAUCAUAUCAUAAAUUUUCAGAACUGGUAUGACUGUAAGAAAUUUUGGAAUGCUCAUUCGAAUCUCGGUUCUCGGAGGCUCAGCGAUAUUCAACCCGGCCAUUUCUUUGGCUUUAUGUAUAUAAUCCUUUUUUUUUUUUGUAAGCCAAAGGUUUAGUUCGAAGGAAGUUGAAAUGUUCCACUUUCAAAUAUUUAGAGCAACCCCUAGUAAUGGUACUGACUGUUAGCUCAAUUGACGGAACUCUUGUCUUUUCAUUGAUAAUAGGUUUUAAGGACGCUUUUUACAAAUACACUUGGGAUGAAGCUGAUGUCCAGGGCUUUAAGUAUGACUUGACCUCUAUUAUGCACUACGAGAACUCGGCCUUCACCAAUGGCUAUUGUCGCCCGACCAUGUUAGUGAAGAAUGACUAUUCUUAUGAGGUGACACCCGUUUAUUUGCGGAAAUUCAGCCCUCAAGACAUUCAGAAAAUCAAUAAGCUUUAUAACUGUCAGACUACCCAGCUACCUCCAACGGGUAAGCUAAGAUCUUUUGACUUGCAACAACGUUUACAGUAUAAUGUUCAUUGUUUAGUACCUCAGUAUACGAACCUGAUACUUAGCUUGGUAACUGGUUACUUUCCGACUUUAAGUCUUUUACAACAUUUUAUUGUUGGUUGUUUUCGUAUAUUUUAACUGUCUAAAUGUAUUCUAUUUUAUCCAUUCUUUUAGUCUUACCUGGCAGCGGAAAUCCCGAUCCAUCUCGUAAGUUUGUAUCUCUCAUGCAAUCAAAUUUCUCCUAAGUUUUAUCUUGGUGCAAAUAUACUCACGAUGACGGUGAGGAAAAAGCAAGCUAUAACUAUAACUAGUUCAUUCUGAGUGACGACAUUCGGCGUUAUUGUUAUCAUUAUUUUUCCUCUGUCGAAUGUCAUAUCGAGUGCGACUACUCCUUUCCCUUCAAAAGCUUUUUUUCUGCUGGAAAACUGAAUCAAUCAAAAAUAACCUCAGGAGCAUAGUAUAUGUAAUGACCUUCCACUAUAACAAUCUUCUCAUUUUUUCCCGUUACUACAGAAUGCAAAUGCGAGGAUAAAUACAAUGACUGCCAGAGUUGGGCCAACUCAGGCGAAUGUGGCUUAAACCUCAACUGGAUGUCUACCAACUGCCCCAAGAGUUGUAGAACGUGUGGUGGUAUGCCAUUAUUAUAUUUAACUGGCCUUUGAUAACUGUAUGUAAAAACGGAAGAUCAAGCCUAUUCUCCAAUUUAUUUUCUAGAAUAUCACUUUACAUUACUUAUUUUAUCAAAAUGUACAUCGAGAUGCGAGGUUUUUCCGGUUGUAAGGAACCUUGACACAACAGAUUAAAAUGAAAUUCACAUUCAUAUCGUCCAUUAAAGAGAAAACGAGUUCAUCUUAAACUGCUUUCCAACGAGCCGUUGAAUCAAUCCGUUCAACCAAUCAACUCUGGCUGCUAUCAGACAUAUGUCUUCCAAUUAAUAUUGAUUUAGGCCAGGUUCAGACGCCGUACUGUACACCUGAGCUGAGUCGAAUUCCAAUUUCAGAGCUGACUCAAAUUAAUUUAGGCCGGUUUGGUUUAGCUCAUGGGAAGUUCGGCGUCUAAAUCUACGCCUCCACGGCCGUUAUUCCUGGCUGGGCCAGGUGUGAAUAACGGCCGAGGUGAUCCAAAUCCAAUUAGCCGAAUUUGAAUUGAUUCAGACGUUGUACCUCACACGAACUUAAUAAAUUACCAAAGUGCGUGAACCUCCAGUCCCACUUAGUCCUUUGAUUUAUUUUGAUUGACACCAUUUUCUUUCUAUUGCCUUGCAGAGCCACCUUCAGGUGGGUGAGUUCAGUGUUUUUAUGACGAAACAACAACUGUUGCCCCUUAUUAGCUUAUCUCAAGUAACUGUGCCAUGCACAUGCCAUGCACUAAAGUCUGAGCCUAGAUAGACAGUUAACUUUAAACCAUGAUAAAACUAAAUUUUAAGCAAAAUUUUCCCGUGUACUAAUAUUUUAAUUGAGGAUUGCCCAGUCUUUAUUCAAAGACCCGAGUUUGGCGUCAAAAUCUAAACAAAAAACCUGUAGAACUUUAUAAUGUACCAGGAAAAGUUUCUCCACCAGAAGGCUACACGAAAAUGCCAAGGUGCUUAGAGGUGAUAUGUUUUUUCAUUUGCUGGAGUUAGACUGUGCAGAUUUAUAUCCUGUGGCGUGUGAGAGCUGGGGCCAAGGUGGAGAGUGUCAAAAGAACCCUCUGUGGAUGAAAGAACAUUGCAAAAGGACAUGCUACCAAUGCCCAGGUAAACAGCAGUAACCUAUUUUAUUAUUUAUGAUACAUCAUCCUCUUUUUUGUCAUUCUCCAGGGAUAUUAACCUAAUCUGCCAUUAAAUUUAGAACUUUUCAGACUUUUUAAGUUUACAAAGAUGAUAGGGGGGCUGUUGGUAGUUUUCUAGGGAUAUCCCGUUUCCCUUAGGAGGUCAAAUCUAUCGCACAGGACAAAAUGAUCGUUAUUUUACUGAGACAAAAGUCGUCCAAAAUAGUUAUUCUUACAAAUAAUAUCAAAAGUAACAUUGAAGCUAAGCAGAGCAAGCAAUUUGAAUAGCAUUGACCUGAAGUACAAGGUGCAUCUUACAUUAAGUUCUUUGUCAUGAUCUAUAAUUAUUCUUUUUCUCUAUUCCUGUAAGUGGCGAUUGACAUACUGUAUGCUUAUGAUAUAAUAAAUUGAGCAAGCACGUCUACUGGGAUUCUAAAUCACACGAACUCAGACCUAACAGCCAUCUUUUUAUCAUCUUCAAGGCCAAUCGACACCACCACCGUAUACAGGACCUACUACAGAACCUGUUUGUCAAGAUAACCACGCUAGUUGCCCGAACUGGGCCAGCUCUGGUGAAUGUGGUCUCAAUCUUGAAUGGAUGUCUGUUAACUGUGCAAAGAGCUGCAGGACUUGUGGUGGUAAAAUGAUUAUCUCAUGAUUCUUCAUAAAUGCGCGUUUAAGUUACAUCAAAUAUUUUGUUGAAACAAGAGGCAUUGGUAAAGCUUGUGGCCUCUGUUACUCUUUAUAGAACAAGAGACUACGGGCUAGAGAGUAAAAAAGUAUUUGAACGGAAUACAAUGCAUAUUUUACGAAUAUGCAUGGAUUCGUUUCUCCUAAGUCCCCGAACUUUUGGAGCUUGAUCUUUUUUAAUUUGUUCAAUUGUUUUAUGACUGAAUGAUAAUUUUGGUUAAGGAAAAAACUUGAGCGUUUCAAACUGAGUCCAUUUUUUUCUUCUUUACAUAAUAUUUUUAUACGCACUGUGAUUUUGAUUUCUGCUUCACCAUCUACUUAGAUGCUUGCUUUGUUUUCUUGCAGAGCCCCCGUCAGGUGAGUGUUUUUUUUAUUUCUCUAUGUAACAGUAUAGCCUGCGAGAAAAUCCGUUUUUUUCGGCUCCAGGUACUAGUUUCACCCGGAGGAAGAGAAGCGACGACCGGAAAUACGUCUGCGGUUCGCAGGCUAGUAACAGUUAAAAUAACUUCUGUAUUGCCGCAGUCAAGGUUGUUUUAAGAAUAAGUAGUGCAGCGUUCUGCAGAACCAGGUUUGGCCAAAAAAAGGACUCGAGGAAACAUAAGCUAAACAAAGGUGGUUACCAAGCAAUGAAGUAGUUGACAUUACAGAACUAUUACUAUCUUACGGAGUGUGUGUUGCACCUAUUUUUCCUUUGGUAGACUGCAAAGAUUUAUACCCCGUAGCAUGUGAAACAUGGGGCCAGUCCGGUGAGUGUGACAAGAACCCAGGCUGGAUGAACACCAAUUGCGAGAAAACAUGCAAACAAUGCACAGGUUAGCAGUUUUAGAUUAAAGUAAUCAAAUUUUUGCAUAAGCCAGCAGCAAACAGUAUUAUUUUUUUUCUUUUAUAGUAUUAGUAUUAAUGAGAUAAUUAUACAAUACUUAGUGAGUUUGUCUGUAUGCACGUGACGGAUUUUCCCCAUUGCAUGAAAGUCUUCUUUCUUGGCCUGGUUCCCAGUCUCUACACGGAUAGGAAGAGGCAACGCCCUGAAUUUGAGAUUGGAUUUUUUUGUAGGUCAGCUAAACCACCAACUUGUUUCUAACGACCUGUUUGCAGCUCCCCGAAACUUAAAUGUUUUAGCGCCGCAAUUUAAAAUCUGGUCGAAUUUCUUCAUAGUCCGAUUUCCUCAACAGCACCCGGGUCUAGCUUCAUAAUUCAAAGCUGUAGUUAAACUUUUGUCGGUAUUUUUGACUAUUUUCAAGGUGGAGCAACUAAGCCACCCGUUCCUGGUAGCACAGAGGCACCUACUCCUCGUCCUCCAACUCAGCCGCCACAACCUACCACUCAGCCAACUGGAGAUUGUAAAGAUGUGUAUCCUAAGUAUUGCCCUGAAUAUAGGAACAACGGCUGGUGUCAUGAUGCUAAUUAUCAAGAUUACAUGAAAGAAGUCUGUUUUAAGACUUGCGGAUAUUGCGGUGGUUAGUAUUUCAGUGUACAGUCCCCUCGGCUUUCGCUCGCCUCGCUCGAUUUCCUCGCUCGCGCUUUCCUCGCUCGCGUGACCAUCCCAAGGGACUGCUCGCAGUCUACCAGCAUAAAGGAUAAAUUGAUUCAUUGUUUGUUUGUUCUUUGCAAGUUUUAUCUUCUUGGGGGUGAAUAAAACGACGACGCAAAUCUUGAAAGGGCCAUUUUAAGUCGAGCUUUUGGUAUAUACCCAUAGUCCUUCUUUGAGAGGUCGAGUUCCUUUGUCUGGACCGUGUAUAUUAUAACGAAUCAAAGAAAAAAUGCGGCGCGUGACGCUGCUCAGCUCUUGAACAUUUCCUUGUCCCCAUUUCUAAUUCAAAUAGAUAAGCGACAUAGCAGAUUGUAAACAGCAUUUAUUUUAUUUACUUCUGGUCUUUUGGUUAGGAGGAGGAAACUGUUUAGAUGUAUACCCUCAGUACUGCCCAGGUUACAAAGAAAGUGGCAUGUGCACAGACCCCAACUACCUUGAUUACGUUAAAGAGGUCUGCAAGUACACCUGCGGCUUCUGCAGUAAGUCAUUUGUU